GACGACGAACGCUUCAAAAGAAGGUACUUUGUAUCCUGCUUAAUUUCUCCUAAUUGGCAGCAGUUAACUAUCGUCCCUAAAAACAAAUGCUUGAUUCUAUUUGAUUUUCUUCGUUUUGGUGUUCAUUUUGAUGUCUGCAUUGUGCUGAAUCUGUUUAGUCAGUACUACAUUUUGAUUUUUCCUGGAUAUGAUGCUGCUAAAUAAAUCAGUUCCGUUACUUCAUUUUCCAGGAAAAAUUUUAGUUAGUUUUGUGCUUGUUUCUUCUUUUUAAGUUUCCUUAGUUCCUGAUGUUGAUGAUGCCUUGGUCUUGAAAAUAAAGAAAUUGGAUUUUUUUCUUUUACAAAUUAGCUAUUGAAAUCUGGAUGGUUCUGCAUUAAUCAUUAUAUAGUAGAACUUAAGUUCCUGGGGGAGUGAAAUAUUUUGAAACAUCCUAGUGAAAUACCAGCGUGUUGGGAUUGGUUUAUGUAGUCAUGGUUCUGGGUCUGAGUGCUAAGAGCAGAAGAGGUCCCACGGUUCAGGUUGAUUAUCUCAUCCACAUUCAGGAAAUUAAGCCUUGGCCACCAUCACAGUCGCUGAGAUCCCUCCGCUCUGUCCUCAUUCAGUGGGAAAAUGGUGAACGCAAUUCAGGGUCUACUAACACUGUUGUACCUUCAAUUGGGUCUGUUGUUGGAGAGGGAAAGAUUGAGUUCAAUGAGUCAUUUAAGCUGCCUGUGACUCUUGUGAAGGAACUGUCUGUCAAAGGGAGGGAUGCUGAUGUGUUUCAGAAGAAUUUCCUUGAGCUCAACUUGUAUGAGCGUAGGAGGGAUAAAAACCAGUUGUUGGCUAAUGCCAUUGUUGAUUUGGCUGAUUAUGGCAUCCUGAAGGAGUCCUUAAGCGCAAGUGUUUCCAUGAACUGUAAGAGGACCUUUAACAAUACUUCUCAGCCAGUUUUGUUCUUUAAAAUUCAGCCAAUUGAUAAGGGUCGGACAGGCUCCUCUAAAGGCAGACUGUUAAAGGGGGCAUCACUGGACAAGAAUGGUACUGAAUCUGUUUCUGAUCUAAUGAAUGAAGAAUAUGCUGAGGAAGCUGAGUCUGCAUCAUUUACCGAUGAUGAUGUUUCCUCGCACUCAUCCUUGACAGCUUCAUCCUCAUUGCAGAAUGGAUUCACCAUUGUGAUGGAUAGCAAGGGAGGGGUCAAAAGGGAACAUGCCUCAGCUUCAAAAUCACAGCUGGAGAAAUCAAACGUGAGAACACAGAUGACAGCAUGUGAAAAUGCUAAGGGGAGUUCUUCUUGCUCAUCAUCAGUAGACUUCUCUUCUGAUCAUGAGAGCCAUGUAGACAGCCAUGUUUUAAUCUCCAACUCUCAUGAUUCCAGUUUUCGCAUCUCAAAUAAUGGUUUAAGCCAUGAUUCUCAUUUCUCUGCUUCAUCUUCAUCCUUUGCUAGUAAAAGUACAGAGGAAGAGGCCAAUAUGAGCAUGAGGAGCAAUGAUUCAAAAAAUUUGACUCAGGAGAUUCACAAGAUGGUCUCCAAUGACGAAACAGCUGUUAAUAGUUACAGCAAGGAAAAUGCAUCUGGCAGUUCUCUAGCAAAAGAAGCACCCUCAGCUACCAACUCCCAAGCUCUUCAGAAUCUUGAUGCUAAAGCUUUUAAUGAUUCCAUGGUUCACAGGGAGGAAUAUGGAAAAACCUGGAAAGAUGGGGAAAAUUCUUCAGAAGAGGCUUCAGCUUCAGUUGUUAUAUGUAAUAAUUCUAUGGGGAACAUAGAUGGAAAGAGUUCGCAAGAGAAUGACUGUGACAAAGAUGAAUUGUCAACCAUCUAUUCGCAGGAUACAUUUUCCCUAGGCCAGGGGACCCUUGGAACAACAGCAAAUAUCCUGAGAAGUGAUAGAUUAAAGCAUGUGAAGUCUGUUCGGUCAUCAUCAGACUCAGCUAGGAGCAUUGGAUUACUUAGUACCAAACAGCAUGCAGAAGUGAGAGAUGCUGGACCCCUCAGAGUCAAUGAAAGAAAAGAUGCUAAUGUGUAUCCAAAGGAUACUAGAGGUGCCACUUUAGAUAACAAAAUCCAGCAGUUGGAACAAAAAAUAAAGCUGCUUGAGGGUGAACUGAGAGAAGCAGCUGCUAUUGAGGCUGCUUUUUACUCAGUGGUAGCAGAGCAUGGAAGUUCUGUGAGUAAGAUGCAUGCCCCAGCUCGGCGCCUUUCUAGACUCUAUCUUCAUUCUUGUAGAGAAGGUUUAAAAUCAAGGAAAGCAAGUGCAGCUAGAAGUUCAGUUUCUGGGCUAGUUUUGGCUGCAAAAGCAUGUGGAAAUGACGUCCCUAGGCUGACAUUUUGGUUGUCAAAUUCUGUUGUGUUGCGAGCAAUUAUACACCAAAGCACUGGGGAAUCAGGGCUACGGCUUUCUGCUGGGCCUAUGGAAAAGAUUGGCAGUGGCAAGGGGAAGGAGGCAUCAUCUCCCCUGAAAUGGAUAGAUUCCUCUUCCUAUAAAAAUGAAAAUAGGAGUCUCUCACAUGAGAGUUUUGGUGAUUGGGAUGACCCACAUACAUUUACUUCUGCCUUGGAAAGGAUUGAGGCUUGGAUCUUCUCCCGAAUUGUUGAAUCAGUGUGGUGGCAGACUCUAACUCCACAUAUGCAGUUGGCUGUUAGAAAGUCAACAGAUAAGAGUGCUAGUUUUGACUCAAGGAAGAACCAUGGAAGGACAUCUAGUUUGUGUUAUCAGGACCUAGUAAACUUUUCAUUAGAUCAUUGGAAGAUGGCUUUCAAGGAUGCCUGUGAAAGACUCUGUCCUGUUCGAGCCGAGGGGCAUGAGUGUGGCUGCUUACCCAUGCUGGCUCGAUUGAUAAUGGAGCAAUGUGUUGCCAGACUAGAUGUGGCUAUGUUCAAUGCUAUUCUUCGUGACUCUCAUGAUGACAUCCCAACAGAUCCUGUAUCUGAUCCCAUAAGUGAUUCCAUGGUACUCCCUAUUCCAGUUGGGAAAACAAGUUUUGGUGCCGGCGCACAACUGAAAAAUGCGGAUCCGGCUGAAGCGAGAGAGGGAUCUGUCACAAACUUCCCAUGUGCUGCAGCUCCUCCAGUGUAUACAGCACCUUCAGCAUCUUCUGUUGCUAGCAUUAUUGGAGAAGGUGGAGCCCAACCUCAGCUGAGAAAAAGUGGGUCAUCAGUGCUGAGAAAAUCAUACACUAGUGAUGAUGAACUUGAUGAAUUGAGUUCACCCUUGGCUUCAAUAUUCAACGAUACCUUUCGGUCAAUAUCUGUUCCAUCAAAACCAAGCUGGAUAUCCCAUGGAAAUGGAUAUCAAAACGCUAUCAGGUAUGAACUCCUCCGAGAUGUAUGGUUUGAGUAAUUAUAGAUUAUAUCCACUAGGUGUAUGAUAAUUGAGAUGUAAAUGAGUAGGUAAAUUUUGUUUCACUAUUGUCCAGGAACCAUAGAUGUCAUUGAGAGAUUUAAUAUGUAUUAACAAAAAAUUCAUAAAUGA